AUGAACAGAAUGGGAAAUGAGAUUUUUAAGUUAUUUACAAUUGAAAGAAUAAAAACAGUUGAUCAAGAAUAUCAGAUGAUUAGAGAAAAGUCCAUUGAAUCAGAAAAGAAGCUAUUCUCAACACUACAAAAUAUUAUCAAACUCAAAAACAUACUUCAUGAAGCUGCUUUACUUCAAGUUGAGAUUUCUUAUUCAUUAUGUGAAAUGACUUUAAACAAUCUCAAAGCAACACAACUGACUAACUCUAUUUUGAAUGCAUCACAGGAUAUUCUAACUCAACAAAAUCACUUCAAUUCAUUCAUCAAAGACAAUAUAGAAAUCCCUCUCCAUUCAUUUCUUAAUCAAUUCAGAAUGUUAAGUAGACGAGAUUGUGAGUUAGAAGAAAGAAGAAAGAAAAUGGAUAAAAUGAAACAACACCUAGUAAAGAAAAAGAGAAAGAAGUUAGCAUGUUCUUAUUUAAUUUCCAUCACCAAAAAAUAUCAAGAAAGUAAAGAAGAAUAUUUAGAAAUGAGAAACGAAUUAAAGAAUGAUAGAAACAUGCUUCUUAAAACAUUUCCAGAGAUAGCAGAGAGUAUUGGUAAAGGAUUUAUUAGAGAAGGAUGGGGAUGUCUUCUGAUGAAUAGUAGAAUUUGGGAGAGAGUAAGUCAAGGUCUUUGGAAAGAUGAAGAAAAGAGUAUUUUAGAAGUGAGUGAUGUCAUCACCAAUUCAAUCAAAACACGCUCUAUUCAAAACAACAUCACCAGAAAACCAACAAAUGUAUUUCAUGGAAGGGUUGUUUAUAGUUAUAAUCCACAAAAUGAAAGUGAAUUGAAAUUAGAAGAAGGAGAAUGGAUCACAGUAAUUUCUACAGAAGGAGAAUGGUGGGAAGGAGAAAGUAAAGGGAAAAUAGGAAUAUUUCCAUCUCAUUAUGUUGAACGAGAUGUUAAAAUCAACUAA